CAAGAUGUUUACAUGAUUGGCAGGAGGUGACCAGACUCAGGACUUCUCCCUGACUGGUUAGAAGUGUAUUCCAAUGAGACAAACCGGUUCUAACCGGCCGUCAGUCCUUGCGAAAGUGGUCAGAAGAUCCAUCGGGAGUACCUCAAGUCAAGAGUUUACUGGGUCAACAUCCGGGGCAUCCAGGUCCUGAGAUAAUACUGUUACAGGGUGAUUCUUGAUGUUAAUAGGUCUGGCGAAAGCACGGGUUUAAGAUCACUAAAAAUGUUGAGUCCACUACAGUUGUUCUACUGUGCAAGUCUGGUUGGUUUAUCCGCCAUUUCAGGCCUGCUGUUCCUGUUGUACCACUGUGUACCUGUCCUGUACUACCUGUGUACGGGGAUACUGCUGGGUUCAGUGGGAUACUGUCUGCUUCUGUACUUGGCGCCGAAGAACAAAGUGAGUGGGGACGGCAAAGCUGUCUUCAUUACAGGCUGUGACAGUGGUUUCGGAUUUGGGCUUGCCAAACGCCUGGACUCGCUUGGGUUCACGGUGUUUGCCGGCUGUCUGCUGGCAGACAGUGGUGGGGAGGGGUCGAAGAAACUCCGUGCGGAGUGCUCGAGCAGGCUGAGUACUGUUCAGAUAGACGUGACUGAUGAUGGACAGGUGAAGGCCGCUGUACAACAGGUCAAAGAUCGACUGCCGACAGGGUCAAAGGGUCUAUUCGCACUGGUGAACAAUGCUGGAGUCUUGCAGCCGGGUGAGAUCGAGUGGGUCAGCCUCGCCAUCUACCGACGUGUGAUGGAAGUGAACACCUUCGGUACCGUGCGGGUCACCAAGGCUUUCUUACCUCUGAUUCGGUGGGAGGGGGGCGUUGCCGUGGAGCAAAACAAUGUAUUCUUAACCUUUUAA